AUGGGUUCUUCAACCAUAACUGUGUCCAAGAAAGUGGCCCUUCUACUGGCUGUCGUAUCUGUCGGAGCCAUCGUUGCCACGGGACUCAUUGUUUAUUUCUCCUCUGGGCGUCACGAUGACAAUGGGUGUGGGUGUGAAGGGGAUGGGAUCAUGACUACAACCAUCACUAUGACCAAAACCAUAGUCACGUCCACCACCACCACCUCUACCAAGACCACUGCCACCCCUACCGCUACCCUGACCAACUUCCCCACCGAUACAUCGACCACCACCACCCCUACCGCUACCCUAAGCACCAUCACUCCCACCGCAAACCCGCCGAACACCACCACCAACCCAUCCAUCCCCCCCAAUCCAGAUUAUCCUGUUGAUAUUCGACUCCCCUUGCACCUGCAUCCCACUUUCUACGACGUCAAGAUCAUGACGAAAAUCCAAGAGGACAGCUUCCCGAUUACGGGCAAAGUGAGUAUCAACCUCAGCUGUGACAGCCCUGGCGACAACGUCACCCUCCACAUGAAGAACAUCACGGUAAUUAGCACCAAGGUCACGACGGUUGGAGGAGACGAGUUGCAGAAAAUAAACGAGAUGUAUGACAAGGAACGAUAAUUCUUCAUCGUGAUGCUGGCUGUGGACCUGGAGGAGGGCAAGGAAUACCGGAUCCACAUAGAGUACCAGGGAACGUUGCAAAAUGACUUCAUCGGUUACUACCUAAGCUCCUACAUCGAGAACAACG